AUGGUUAGACGUAUACUGAUAGACAACAGGAGCUCGGCCAACAUCAUGUUCUGGUCGGUCUUGGUUGGGAUGAAGAUCGGCAAGGAACGAUUGAAGCCCGUCUCGACCCCCUUGGUAGGAUUUGGGGGAGACACUGUUCACCCCUUGGGAACAAUCACGUUACCAGUGACAAUAGGAACAACCCUGCAGCAAGUAACAACGUUGAUAGAGUUCCUGGUGGUUGACCGACCUUCGGUGUACAAUGUCAUCUUGGGUCGCCCUUUCCUUAACGCAGUUCGGGUGGUAACAUCAACUUACUACCUCAAAGUUAAAUUCCCUACACCACAAGGGAUAGGAUAUGCCAAAGGAGAUCAGGCCGCUGCCCGGAGUUGCUAUGUAAUGGCCUUGAAAAGGAAGAUGAAGGCUAAAGAAGCUCUAAAGGUGGAAGACCUAGAAGUCAGAGGAGAGUAUCCCCAGAUCAAUACAUUACACGAAGAUAUCAACCACAUACCACUGCGAGGCCACCAGGAGAGAAGUAUACAGAUCGGGAAUCACUUGCCCGACACCUUGAAAGCGGAGUUGACUGAACUCUUGGACAAAUUCUCUGAUUUGUUCGCAUGGUCGGCAGAAGACAUGCCCGGCAUCAACCCUACUAUGAUAGAGCAUAGGUUGCAGGCCAACUUCAUCCGAGAAGUGGACUACCCCGAGUGGCUGAGCAAUGUGGUCCUGGUCAGGAAGCCCAAUGGAAAAUGGCGCACCUGUAUAGACUUCACGGACUUGAAUAAAGCAUGCCCAAAGGACAGCUUUCCUCUCCCUCGAAUUGAUCAGCUAGUGGAUUCGACCUCGGAGCACGAGCUCCUCAGUUUCAUGGAUGCUUACUUAGGGUACAACCAAAUCCCUAUGAGUCCAGCUGAUGAAGAAAAAACUUCUUUUGUCACCGAAAGGGGUCUAUAUUGUUACCGGGUGAUGCCCUUCGGCUUAAAAAAUUCGGGGGCCACAUAUCAGAGGUUAGUAAACAAUAUUUUUAAGGAACAGCUCGGAAGAACAAUGGAAGCAUACGUGGAUGAUAUGUUGGUGAAGAGCAUGGAAGCAGAGCAACAUUGUAAAGAUCUGAGGGAAACGUUCGAGCUCCCUCCGCCGGUACCACAUGAGGUUGAAUCCCCUCGAAGUGCGUGUUCGGCGUUUCUGCAGUAUACGGGAGGAAGGAAUGCGAGGAAGCUAGCAGUUACAGUAUCUAGGGCAGGAAGUUCCUCCGACGAAGGCGCUCGACCGCUGCCUGCAGAGCCGCUCACAGACCUACGGCCUCGUUUGCAGGUUCAUUCAAGCGGAGCAUAUUUUUCCCGGGCCUCGCGUUGUUUAGCGAUAAAUGCUCCGCAACUUUCUCCUCCGGCUAGGUUGGAGCACAUCGUAGCCCGCGGUGAAGAAUACAAAGUAUGGAAAGUUCGGAAGACUUCUGCAUGA